CUACGAUUAGUUGAAAUUCAUUCCAUUGUGUAGUAACCAAUCAUCUUUAGUUCUUCAGUAAUUUAUUGUGGGAUUCUAUUCUAAGAUUUUGAGAAUGUCUAGCUGUGGGUGUGGAAGCAGCUGCAACUGUGGCAGCAACUGCGGUUGCAACAAGUACUCUUUUGACUUGAGUUACGUUGAGAAGACAACCACAGAGACUCUAGUUUUGGGUGUUGGGCCUGUGAAGGCCCAAUUGGAGGGUGCUGAAAUGGGUGUUGCAUCUGAGAACGGUGGCUGCAACUGUGGAUCAAGCUGCACCUGUGACCCAUGCAACUGCAAGUAAGGUCAAGAUGUAUAACCUUGAAGCAGAGAUAGCUGUAAUAUAUGUAUCAACAAAUAAUAAGAAGUAGAAGUUGCGUUUGGAGCUUUAGAAUAAAGUGUUUGCUAUGUGUUUGGUUGGUCUUUUAUAAAUAUGUAAUUUGAAUCAUCAAUCUCUGCUUAUAAAUGAAUACUUUUGGUGUUAUAUGAAGAAAAAGUUUGUUGGGUUAUUUCAUUAA